UAUAAAAAGGCCAAAACAAGUCAAAUUUUAACCGAAAACUAUCAAAAUAUAAAAGAACCCGUGAUGAAUGUUUGAUGGUGGUGGUGGCAGGACUGUGUGUGUGUGUGCGUGUGUGUGUGUGUGUGUGUAGGUGCGUACGUGUGUGUGUGUGUGUGUGUGUGUGUAGGUGUGCGUGUGUGUGUGUGUGCGAGAGCGCCCGCGUGUCAGUUUGUGUGAGCGGGCAUGCGUGCCCACAGUGCAGGGACGACCAACGCGACAGGUACGGUAAGAUUCGCGUUGUGCGUGUCCAUAAUGUAGUUACACUGUCGUUACAACAGAAUACUGCCAAUGUAGACGACCCACCUGGUUAAGUGACGGUGAACAUACCAAAUGUCAG